GUGUGAGUCAUCGCCGCUCAGACACCGAACGCCUCUCCACCUGUAACCGCCUCUGAAACACGACUUUCUCUCCCAUUGCUCCACAGGAUUGAGAUGUUACAUUUUAGGUUCUCGACAGUGCUGAAGCAGUUGCCUGAAGCCGCCCUCAAGCGCCCCUUGCCCGGCUGUAGUGGAAGGAGCUGGUUACCGACCCGCCACUGCUGCUCCGGCGCCGCAUCCGCUGAUGCCCGAGCUGCGUCCUCCCCACUGAAGGUCUUCCAUGCCGCCGCGCACCGGCCGGCGCUCCGCACCGCGCCCUGCGCCACCCAAUACCGCUCGUACUGCGUGAAGACGGAGGGCGCCGUGGAACCGGACGAGCAGCUGAAGAAAGAUGGUGACAGCGACAAAAAAAGAAAUGCAGGCAUCCUGCCCAGUCUGGAGGAUUUGCUCUUCUACACAGUUGCAGAAGGUCAAGAGACAAUUCCCGCUCAUAAAUUUCUCACAGCACUAAAGGCCACAGGGCUUCGCACUGGAGAUCCCCGGCUGAAGGAAUGUAUGGACACCCUCAAAGAAACUCUAAAGAACACACCAGAUGGCGUAACUCUGGACCGGCACCUAUUCAAGAAGUGUGUCCAGAGCAACAUUGUCCUGCUCACUCAGGCCUUCCGCAAGAAGUUCGUCAUCCCAGACUUCCAGUCCUUCACCUCCCUUAUUGAUGAGCUGUAUGAGAAUGCCAAAAACCUCUCUGGAGGACAGGUUGCAGACUACAUUCCUCAGCUUGCCAAAUUCAGCCCUGACCUGUGGGCAGUCUCUCUUUGCACAGUGGAUGGACAGAGACACACAGUAGGAGACACCAAGCUCCCUUUCUGUCUGCAGUCUUGUGUCAAGCCUCUGAAAUAUGCCGUUGCUGUCCAUGACCAUGGCACAGAGUACGUGCACAGUUUCAUUGGAAAGGAGCCCAGUGGCCUGCGCUUUAAUAAGCUCUUCCUGGAUGAAGAUGAUAAGCCUCACAACCCCAUGGUGAAUGCUGGUGCUAUUGUUUGUACUUCACUGAUAAAGCAAAGUGAAGGCAAUGCAGAAAAGUUUGACUAUGUCAUGAACUUUCUGAAAAAGAUGGCAGGAAAUGAAUACGUGGGUUUCAGCAAUGCCACAUUCCAGUCAGAGCGUGAGUCAGGAGACAGGAACUUCGCCAUUGGCUACUACCUGAAAGAAAAAAAGUGUUUCCCAGAGGGGGUAGACAUGACCUCUGUAUUGGACAUGUACUUCCAACUGUGCUCCAUUGAGGUGACCUGUGAGAGCGCCAGCGUCAUGGCAGCCACCCUGGCUAAUGGUGGCAUCUGCCCAAUCACAGGGGAGCGUGUCCUGAGCCCCGAGGCAGUGAGGAACACCCUGAGUCUGAUGCACUCCUGCGGCAUGUACGAUUUCUCUGGGCAGUUUGCAUUCCAUGUCGGUCUGCCCGCCAAGUCUGGAGUAGCAGGAGGAAUCCUGCUGGUUGUGCCCAACGUUAUGGGUAUUAUGUGCUGGUCUCCUCCACUAGACAAGCUGGGCAACUCAGUCAGAGGAAUACAGUUCUGCACGGACCUUGUGGAGCUUUUCAACUUCCACAACUACGACAACCUGAGACACUGUGCCAAGAAGCACGACCCUCGCAGAGAAGGAGGGGACCAGCAGGUCAAGUCUGUUAUCAACCUGCUGUUUGCUGCCUACACUGGAGACGUGUCUGCGCUGAGGAGGUUUGCACUGUCUGCUAUGGACAUGGAGCAGAGGGACUACGACUCGAGAACGGCCCUCCAUGUGGCAUCAGCUGAAGGUAACGUUGUCUUCACUGAUAACUGUCGUCUCACCCCAUUUUCUUUGUACAGAUGGGGCAACACUCCCAUGGAUGAGGCCGUGCACUUCGGCCACCAUGAUGUUGUGACCAUCCUGCAGAGCAACUAUGACAGAUACAGCGCCCCUGCUGUGGCCGAUGAAAAAGAGAGCGCAGAGAAGAGCCUGGACAGUUUGCUGUAGGCCGGCUGCACACGUCUGCAACACGUCAGGCUUCACAGUGCUUUGUACACCAGCGCUCAGACAUUUCAAAUGUGAGGUGAAUCGUGGCUGUGUCUCGCUGCUUUGCUUUCUGGGACCUCUCUCACAAUGUGACGUGUGUGUUGUUUGUGUGAGUGAGUGUCUGGUCAAUACACUUUAGACAAAUAAUACAAUAUAAAUAUCUGUGUUUACAGCACAAUGCUCACGUUAUACAGUAAAACACAUCUGUUAGUUUAGUUACAGUAAAGCUCUGUUUAUACUCUCCUCUCCCUGGUUCUAUAAUGGUAAUACUAGUUUUGUGAGACAGUGAGGUGUUUGGAAAUGAUGCUAUAGAUUGUAUGAAGUGUCUCUGUUUGUGUAAACAUGUACAAACUCAGGCAUCAUGCUAAUGCUGCAGUUACGUGCCUGUUUGAUCUCCUUAUACCUGCAUCUGUUCUCCAUGUUGUUCUCCUGACUGCUGCGAGGACAGUCACAGCUUUUAUGAAACUUCACUUCUGAUUUGAAGUCAUAGAGAGAUUAUAUUCUGAAUGUAGGACACACUUGCAAUAGAAGCAGUGCGUAUUUAUUUCACAAAAAAAAAACUUUGCGUGUAAAAUUCAAUUUAGAUGUAAGAGAGUGUUAUUUGUUGCAUUUGAGAUAAAGGCAUAUUGGUUUCUCUA